GCAGAGUCGGAAGUCCGAAAUGUUAAAUUCACGUAAUCUUCUAUUCUUAAAUGAGAAAAACAUUCGGCAAGCGGAAACUUCGGCAGCCUCCGGGAGCAUUCAGGCGAUUUGAAAAUUCCGUAGUUCCUCCAUAUCGACGGCCGCGAUCUCUCCAAAUGAGCAUCGCUCUCUGCGGCCCCUUCCCGCCAGGGGCGUAGGGUUUUGGAGAGCUAAACGUCCCGUCGCCCACGAGAUGUUGAGCCAAGCAGCAACAUCAGCAACCCUUAAAGUCUGGCUCCAAAAUGAGCAUGUCAGAUGAAGCGUCUACGAAAAGUGGCCUUGGAGAUCUGUUGUGAUGAUUGGGUAAAGCCCUUCAUCAUAUGAAAGUUCGGAGGAUCCGAGCUGCUUAGCGCGCGACUUUUUUUUUUUGGGGGUUCCUUGAGAAAGCGAUUUUCGUAGAUGGUCCAUUGCCGAGGACUGACUGCUGUCAUUGCAUCGGAGAUUUGAACACUUGCUUGUCUUGUUCCAUCUAGCUCUCAAAAAGUCUCCUCAGUCCACAAAUCUCGGAAGCGCGGAGGAAUUUGGUCCAAUUGCGUUCCAAUCUUAGGGUGGACAAUUGUCGUGGGACGAAGGACGUGCUGAGUGACAGGGCAAAAUUUUCAGGGCUGGUUGAAGUGUAGAGGCUUGUGGACGUGAGCGGGAGCCAUGAUACGAUUGGGAUACUGAGCAAGACGUGCGAAUUGAAAGUUUGAGUUUGUGUGUGGCGACUACCUGCAAUAGAGCAGGAUGGAAGAAGCCCCCCAGACGGUUUUGAUUGGUGUGGACACAAAUUUUGACACGAACCUUGUUGUGAUCCCCCAACGCAGUGCGACCAUUGGCGAUGUUCGAGAAAGAAUUAUCAAAGGUCACAUGGCACUCUAUCCCGAUUAUGGGACCAUAAACAUCCGUGCCGUGAAGGUUGAGAUGUUCAACCGACAAUACCAGCUGGAGGACACACACUCGGUUGGUCAAAUUUUUAGGGGCUGGCAAGGUAACUUGCAUGUAGAAUUGGAGGGCUAUCCGCCUCACUCAUCUACAGUGGCGGGCUUGAAAUUACCAAUGAUCAGUGCACCCGAAAAAACACUUGUUGAGCCCAGCACGGUUCGCAAUCGACCUCUUUCAGCGAUUUAUGAAGAUGCUGACAUGAACAGGGAACUGUUAGAUAAACCUUCGUCCUCGUCUCCCAAGCAAUGUGAAAGUAUUUUGCCUGGGCAACAAGGUCUUGAUAUCUCACCAGUUAUCAACGCCCAGUCACAAGCUCCAGCUGACGCCUUGGAUGACGCUGGAACUCAGAAAAGCUCCGAUGGCCGGAACAGCUCUGAGAAAUUUUACCGAGAUCUUUCACAGGAUGUUGUCCUUCAACAGCAGAGUGGAGCUGACGGUCAAGGGAAUGUGACAGUCGAGACAGGGUUGGAUACAGCUUUGGACGCCCUUCUUAGUGUAAUGCCUGAGGGGCCACUGAACGCUGGGGCGAAGAAAGACCCUGUUGUAGAUUAUAAUGGGCUUAAUUUGGCAAACAAAGACGCGUUUGGAGGAGCGCAAGGUUCCACUCAAUCAACGCCGAGGAACCUUGAGAAUCAAUUUAGUGGCGAUAGUGGAGUAUCCAGUAAAAGAAAGAGGCAAGUGGGAAAGCUUCUGAAGUCAACAAGUUCUGGGGACCUUCCAGCUGAUCAACGAUUAUCCCUUCCGGAGUAUUACAAACAAGAUGGAGGUUCAGCAACGAAGAAAUCCAGGAUGAAAGAAAAGUCUGAUAAGGGCAUAAUGGAAAUAGAUGGAAGUCUGGUGAAUGCGAUACCAGAUCCUCCUGAGAAGACCGUUGAUGGGAAGAAUGAUAUCAGAGCAGGAUCUGAAACGUCGAGCAGUGAAUCCGGGUCUGAGAGACAAGAAGUCAAAGCUAGUCCCAAGCGUGCUGACAAAUUUGAAUUACUUCACGUAACGUCGCCUCCGAAGGGUAAUCAGAGUGCUGCCAUUCCCCAGGGCAAGAUGGUUGAGGAAGAUGUUGUCAAAGCCACGCAGGGUGGGAAGCUACCCGCGGAGUUACCAUCUAGGCCAAGUAGAUCCUUGUCUUCAGGAAGUAGUACGAGCCAAAGUAGUGAUAGUAGUGAGGCGAAAGAAAACUUGGAGAUCAACCUACCAAUCGAAUCUGCGAAGCCUCAAGAGGAAGCUAGCAAUGCCAAUAGCAGUUCCGGACACUCAAGCAAGUCUUACAGACCUGAUGGCAGCACUGGAACGAGAGAAGUUGAUGAGGUGGUCAACAAACUUGUCGAUCUGUAUUCGCCAAUUUUAUCCGACGACAGUGGAGGGGAAGAGUCGAGUGAUGCAAGUGAAGAACUUCAGGCCAAGGGGUUGCGGAGGAGAAAGAGCUCGAAUGUCGUAGAUCAGGCCUACGAUACUGUGGAGAGAAAGGGUCGAAGAAGUCCACGAGGUGUAUCUGGUCUGAACUACAAGUUCCAGCACUUUAUUGACAGCCAGGAUGGUUUGGACGAGCUCCUAGGUUUGACGUUGAGCCAAAGGAAGCCGAAAACUACCUCUCAAGUCGAACAUGAGCCUCAGCUACAAGUUGCGGAGGUGGGUUCUUUGGCUCAUGAUAGCCUCUCCAUCGAUCGCGUGCCAGACACGCAGUUGGGUGGCGCUAGCUGCGAUGUUGGUACACAAAGAGAUAUUUAUACCGAAGAAAUAAUGCACCAUGAGAAGACACCAGGAAAAGAAUCCAAAAGCGGGGACGACAAGAGGGUGGAAGACGGGAGUCUUGAUGUGCGACAGGAUGAAAGAGAUGAGAAGAGGUCGAAGAGCAAACAACCUGCCCGGGGUUCGGAUGCAAAUGAUAUUCCUCCCGAAUCUCUUAAGCAGUUUGCCAAUAUUGCAAGCGAGUCCGGGAGAAAACUAGAUCCCAACGAAGAUCUCUUGCCGCCUAAGUCGGACGAUUCCCAGCAGUUUCAAGCAGCCGUGCAGCUCACUAGGCUCGCUAUGGCGGACGAAGAUGAAGCAGAGUCAGACCCAAUGCAAUCACCGAGGAACAGUCCUAUAGAGAAGAGGAAGAAGAAGAAGAAGAAGACAAAGGUGAAGCUUGAUACGUCAAUCGCUGAAGCUCGAGACGUUGACGAGCCCGACAACAUCGAGAAUUCACGAGGGAUCGAAUCAGCAAGAAGUGGAUUAGCUGCUGCAUCAAAUGGCGGCGAGAAAGAAAGUGCUUCUGUUCAAGCGGAACACUUGCCUGAAAGUGGUCUAAACUCAACCAUUGUGCAGGCAGUUCCAGAGAGGCCGAUUAGCGAUGCUUUAGAGAAAAGUGUAGAGGAGGUCAAUGCUCUGGUAGAAACAGGCGGGAUGAAUGAGAAGGUCAUGCAUGGCGAUGAUUUAGAGCAACCGCUGGUGAAGGGGAGAAUGGUGGGAGCUGAUUCUGUAGAUGAGGAUUUAGGGGCUUUAGAUCGGACCCAUGACAGCAUCGAGUUAGAUACUCCAAGCAAGCCAUUGAGGAAGAAGAAAAAGAAGUUGAGUUCGAGAAGGAACAGGGAGGAGAAAGAGAAUGAGCUGGACGUUCUACAGACACGAGGAGACGAGGCAGUGGAGGAGCCCCCUACUACGACGAAGAAGACUGAGAUUGUUGCCAAUUCUGUCGAAGAUUCCCUUCAGGGAGCUGAAGGCCACGAUGAGCCAUACAUCAUUGAACCUGGAGAGAAGUCUGGACGGAAGAAAAAAAGCAAGAAGUCUUUUCGAGUCUCGGAUUCCUCUGAGAACGAGAGAAGAGGUGAGAUGCUAAGUCGGAGUUUGAUGGAGGAGAACGAGACAUGGAAUGGCCGAGGUUCUGACAAGAAAGAGUCGCUCAGGCGCAGGUUGGAAGUUGAGGAGUUCGGGGCGGAAGACGUACUUGGUGGUCAAAUUGGGAGGGCUACUGUAAUCAGUCCACAGAAGAAAAAGAAGAAAAAGUCGAAAGGUGACGGUGAAAAGUACUCUGUGGAAGGUGAAUUUGCAAGCGCAGAUGAUGCUCCUUCAAGAGUGACUCAGGCGAAACUUUCAAAUGCAGGCCUAGUAUCCGAAACUUCUGAUAUUGUGACGGAUCGAAUGGACCUCAGAGGUGAUAGCAGGGCCUUUCCAGAGGGAAUGGUCCAGCACGUAAUGGAUGAAGAAAAUCGAGCUAUGUCCCCUGUCGCUGUAAGCAAGAAGGGUAGAAAGAAAAAAGUUUCUUUUGUUGAAGAGGAAAUUGACGUGGAGCUGGAGCAGAAGCAGUCAGACCAAGUAACUUCUGAUGUAGAACCCUUCAUUCAGGUUUCCGACAUAGGUCAAACCAAGCCUCCGAGACCUCGAAAGAAGUCUACAAAUCAGACGGACAGUUUUUCUCCCCUUGGUGAGAAGGCCAGCUUACAAAUAAUGGAAUGUGUGGUAGCGGCUCAGAGUGAUCAGUAUGUAAAGCUUUCGAGAAAAAAGGAAGGCAAGGAAGCGAGGAGAAGAAAGCUUGUAGGAGUAGAAAUCCUUGAGGAAGGAGGAAAACAACCAGACAGUCCUGUGAAGGAAGCGGACGGUACCGAACUUAAUUCUGCGGGCAAAAGACCUUUCGUGGAAAACGAAAAGAGGAAGGUUAAGCAGAGGAAAUCACAAGUAAUUGAUGAAGUCAUUCAGUCGGAUGUGGAGAAUGUCAACAGCAGCCCUGCCGAGGAGAAUGGAUUAAAGACGAACGAGGGUAGUUUGGAGGUGGACGAAGUGGAGAAUAGCUUUCAAGUAAGCAACAAGGGAACUCCUACACAUACGAAGAGGUCGCUAGCUGCCGCUGAGGAGGAUGCCGAUCCUGUCAUCAGCAAUCAGGAAGGUAAUCGUGGCACUGAAGCGCAUGAGCUUGAAGGACUAAAAGGACACCCUCUGACAAGGCAGGCCAAAAGACGAGGCAGGAAUGCGAUGAGCGAUGUUGAUCAAGUAAUCAACGCUCCUUCACCUACAGUGGAGAAAUCGGGAAGGAAGACACCGAAAUCAAAGAAGGGAAAGAGUCUGAAAAGUCCAAGAGUAAAUGGUGUGACAGUAACUACUUGACCCACUGCCAUCUAGAACAUCCAGUAAGGUCUGAAGUCUGCUUAUGUAUAUUUAUCAAUAAUUGUGAUCUCGGAUUAGGCCGAUAGGUUUCUAGAGCGUUUCAUAUUGUUCCUCUGAAUCCUUGUAAAGCAUUCGGGGUUACCUAGGUAGUGACAGGAGGCGAUCGCAGGUGAUGCAGGUGAGACUAUCAAGUUUCUUCCAAGAGGAGCAGGCGGUAGAUUUGUGAGUCCAAUAACAGGACCUUCUGAAGAGAAAGUCCCGUGUGAACAUCCUGGUUGCACGAGGAGUUUUCCGAGGAGGACGUCUUCGUUGUUCAGGCAUCUCAAGUUUUGUAGCAAGAGGCCUGAUCGCCCGAAUGAAACAAAGUAAAAGUCUGGAAAGGAGGAUCUUUCUAAUCAAAGGCAAUCGGAUGAUGUGUGGUCAUUUUGAAAGAGGAGUGUUGGUGAGAGGCCAGAGAUCAGCCCUCUCAAAGAAAAUUAGAACCGGAUUUGUAGAGCCUGAGCUACCUCUAUGCCCGUGAGUUUCCAAAUGUGCCUGCAGACUUAUGUACAGAGUUUAAAAUCAGCCUUAACGAAGUAGAAAUUAAACCACAGGACGGCCCAAACGGCCCAAAUAGCGUACAUCGAUCUCCACUUCGUCUGUGCAGAAAGUGGAGGUCCGGAUGGUUGGUGCUAUGGGAGGGUUCGGGAGGGCAGUUUUGUACAUGUAGCAGCCCGAGGAUGAAGAAGGGAGUAGAGUGAUGUCCUUUGUUGCUCUGAAUGUUUCCUUUAGUCUCAGUAAAUGAGUUACACCAGAUCUUGUACGUCGAGUAUUCAAAGCCAGAAUUUCAAACUUAAAUUCUUAGAACCCC